AAACAGCCACCAAUCUGAUCUAAGAUCGCUAAAUUACUACUAAAUCGGUAACACUUACAAAUAGCCCCUACAUCUCUGAAGUGGGAAAUUGGCUGAUAUCUUCAUCUUUUAUAGGCCCACGUAUUUGAUUUUAUGUAUUUAAGCUGCGCUUGUUAUGUUGAUGACGUGCGACUACUCACUGUCCUGACUCUCUCUGCGACCGAACAGAUGUAAGUGGGAAAUGGCGUCAGACGAUGAGGUGACUCAGAACCCCAAAAAGGAAGAAGAUGAAACGAUAUUGUACGAUCUUUUCUUUCCAUAUGAAUGGUCUCAAGAAUCUGAACCAUUGACAAGUGUUAUUGCAGAGAAACCUAAAAACUCAUUGGUGGGGAAGGUAUCUUCAGCUACUGCAAGAUCUCUGUGGACUUUUGUUAGGAGCACUGGAAUACCUCUCGGAUCAUCCUCGACAUGCUCUCUACCAGCGACCCUCAUCAAGCUUGUGAACUCGCAGAUCAGCUGGCACAUCGCUACAGCAAGUGAUGGCAACCUCGUCGCUGUUCUCCAGGAUACAUGCAUAGAGGUCAGAUCAUCCAGAGACAACUUCCAGACUUGUGUCUGCAAAUGCCAAGUCCCCAAAGACUCUCAUCCUCAGUGGAGGCAGCUAGCAUGGAGCCCAGACUGGGCCUUGGUGGCGUGCUCAGACAGCAGGGGUAACAUCAGAGCUUUCGAUCUCUUUGGAACUCUGCUCUUCACAAUAGAAAGGGCCAGACCCCAACCUCCUGAUAGCCCUGUAGAUUUCAGCUGUGCUGUGGCUUCUCUUCGCUUCACAGACUACAAACAGACUGCUCAGUGGUCAGCGGAACUUCUUGUAAUCAACUAUGUUGGCAGCUUGGACUCCUAUCUGGUUAGCUCAUCUGGAGAAUACCAGUACGACCACACUUUCCAGUUCGGCAGCUAUUACCCACAAGGCAUCAGCUGUGCUACGUACGAUGCCAAGCACUCGCUGCUCUUCAUCGGGGGUGCGUCGCAGGAUGAUCCCCCGGACAGACCCACCUCGGCCAGCUGUCUGGGGCUGACUGCAUGGAGAGUGCUCUCCGUUCCACCAUACUACAAGCUGGUGGAGGACUAUGACUCGGAAUAUGGGAAGGUUGGAGCAUCCAGAAAGCUGUUCCGCAGAAUGACCACAGUGAACAAUAUCUUCAAGAGGUCUCAAAAACAGGAUGGUAUCUACAGAAUGUGCCUUUCUCCCAAAGGAGGCUGUCUUGUGACGGCACACCAGUCUGGUCUGCUGUGCUUGUGGGAGGUUCCAUCUCUGAGAAGAAAGCAGGCAUGGCCUCUAGAAGAUCAGCCUGGUUUUAACGAGACUAAUCCCAACAUCCUGGUUCCGAUGCGGAAGAAAGCUAAUGAUGGUUCUUCAUUUUCCAAUCUCUUAAUGGACAUCAACUUCUGGUCUGAAGAGGCUGUAAUCUUGGCUAGAUGUUCUGGAGCAGUAGCUGUUUGCUCUGUUGCCAAUUUGCGUAACCUGCUUGGGACGUCUUGCGAGUGGUUGGCGCCAUCACCGAGGGUGACACUGGCCUCUGAAAAGGGCUUCAUGGCACUUGAUUGUGAGAGUAGAUCAUUACCUAUGAAGAGACCAAGGAGUCCUACAGACGGUGAGAGAGAUGGUGAUACCAGUAUGAUGAGCGAAGGAACCGAUGAUGAAGAUGAGGAUGAUGACGAUGAGGAUGAAGAUGCACCGUUCCUCACAAAGACCGCCAAGUAUAUGAAAGAGGUGAUGUAUUAUGUGACAGAAAGUGACAGAUUCCAACCUCCAAGGAAAAAGCCAAGAGUGACACACAGGACAUACUGUCUUUUGAGCGUCCAGAAGACAACUCCAGAUGAGCUGUUCCUCAGAAAGAUCCAAAAUGAGGAGUAUGGUGAGGCCCUGGCCCUGUCUCAGAGAUUUGGUCUAGAUUCAGACCUGGUCUACCAGACGCAGUGGCGGAAGAGUAGAGUUUCCCUGGCCUCCAUUCAAGACUACCUGAGUAAGAUCACCAAACGGUCGUGGGUUCUCCAUGAGUGUCUGGAUCGCAUCCCGGAUGAUAUUGAUGCUGCCAGGGAGCUCCUCCUCUAUGGUCUAAGAGGCACUGACCUCCAGGCUCUCAUCGCUAUCGGCAACAAGGAAGACAGAGGAAGAUUCAUCUUGUGUUCCGAUGAGGACAUUGAGCUUGAGAGAAACUUUGAUAACUAUCGUCAUGGUGAUGACGAUGAUGAGGAGGAUGAAGAAACGGAGGAAGAGCAAUUUGAGAGGAAGAAAAAGGAGAAGAGAGAAAAACUCCUGGCCCAGGUUGACUUCUCAAAGCUGACUCUUGAGCAGAGGGAGCUGUGCCGUUGCCGUACCAGACUGCUGGGGUACUUGGACAGACUCAAGACUUACGAGGAAAUUCUUGGAGGAGGAGAGUCAGCAUUGAGAGCUUACAACGAGAAGAACUUUGAGAAGUUCAGAUCUGAAAACAUUGUUGAAGCAGCAGUCGGAAUGGCUAGGGAUUCUGAUUGGAAGGCUUCAGAGAUCAUGUUCACCUACCAUGGAAAGGACACCUUACCUCAUUGGUUGAUGAUUCUUAAUAACUUCCCUGAGACCACGCCCCCUACUGAAUACAAGACACUGCUCCCAGAAGCUAGCUAUGAGUCAGAUCCAGAGGUGUAUUCCUGGGACCAGGACCAGCACAGGGACAAGGACUGGUGCGAGGGCCCAGACUGCCAGAGGGUCAUCAACCCAACACAGCUGGACUACGGGGCAUUCCUCUACGAGGAUAGUCCAGAUCUCAUGAAAUUCAGGUGUGAGACAAUGACCAAGCAGCUCCUGACUGAUUGGGUGAUAUUCAGAGCAAUGGCCAUAGAAGAUGAAUCUAGACAGGUGGACAAUGCCCUUUCAUUGGUUAGACUGGCUAUGGAAAGGAAUAUACCGGGUCUGGAGAGUCUUCACCAUGACCUUUUGACCUUGGAAGUGGUGUCGUAUGAGUGCCAGACUGACCCUGAUUUGACCCUUGCUUCACUGAAGAAACUCACCAACCUCCAGAUAAUGCUGCUCAUGAUGUCAAAGUCCCCAUCCGAGACGUAUGUGAAGGAUAUGAAGCGUUGGGUGAUUCCAUUUCUCCAGAGGUGUGAAGAAGAUUCGCCUGGAACCAGAGUGACCCUCACGGAGGAGUUCAUGCUAUCGUUGGCCAAGGAGGAUCUGUGCAAAUGUCAGCUCAUUUUGGAGAAUAGUAAACAUACAUCUCCAGAGCCUAUCAUAAGAAAGAAGAGUGACCUCCUGUCUCUAGCUCAGCGAUGUAUCUAUGCCUGUGAGAGAGACGACCAGCUAGAUGUAGCAAGACGGAUCCUAAAGGUUCUACCCAAACAAAGCUUAGGAGUUGUUGGUGACGACCUGUCUGCCCUCUACCAUGACCUUGAUGAGCUUGAAGGUCAUCUCCAGGCCAUUGAGAUCCUUGCUAGUCAUGGUGUUGCCAUGACGACCCGAGCAGUGAGAGAGACCCAAAGUGAUGAGGAUGCUGCUGCCAAGCUGAUGGUUAGACUUGCCAGACAGGCUGCUAGAGGGAAACCCCCCAAGAGAGAGUGGGAGUGGAACAAGCUAGGGAAGGACAUGUUGGAACUCAGACGGAUCGUCUACAAGUGUUUGUCUUCCACUCAAUGUCAAGAGAUUUUCACAGAGAGUCUUCUUGGUUCUGGAUCCAUCGCCAACAUCCGACUCGCUGGAGAGAAACUGACCAAGACCAGACCAGAGGGUUCCGUCCUGGCCAGAUCAUCGGUCAAGGCGGCUUCCCUGAUCCCUUACGAGAGAUCCAUUGACCUGGUCCUCUCAGCAGCAAGGGAAUACUUCAACUCAUCGGCUGAUCUGAUGGAUACCACUAUGGAACUAGCAAGGUCCUGUCUGCAGCUGAUGACAGACUGUCCAACUAGGAUCCAGGAAGAACUAGAUCUCAUUGCAUCACUGGCUCUCCUAGAUGAUUUCUCAACUCCUAUUCUUCCUCUUCAAGUGAGACUAUGUGAAGACAGACUGGAACUGGUGGAGAAAGUGAUUACAUCUGCCAAAUCUUCCUGCACCAACUCAGAAAAGCUGCUUCGGCUUGCCAAGUUGUUGCGUGUAUGUGGUGACAAUGAGAAGGAGAGGCAGGGUAAAGUGCAAGUUCUUGUGAGCAGGGCUGCAUUACAGGCCUCUGACUACAAGACAGCAUGGGAUGUUAACAAACGUCUUGUAUCAGACAGCUAUGGACCUGCUUGGGAGGUGUGCAGAGAUCUUGCCCUCAAAGAUGAAUUCAACGACCUUCAAGCCAGACGUGAGCUUCUUGCCUUUGCCUCAGCCUACUGUGAACCGGAAGCCUUGGUUGCUAUUCUAGAAGCCAGGAACUUGCUCCUUACUCAGAUUUUAUAUAGUAAAUUGCCAGUAGAAGUGGAAGAUGGCCAGAAAGGAAAGGAAGAUGAGGAGGAAGAAGUUGCCAUGGAAACACAAGAUUCCUUACCAGAAGAUACAGCAGAAGUGGAAGAUGAAGGGAUUGAGAAUGACUUAGAGACAUCCACACAAACCAUGACCAGGAGAACCCGACAGAUCCUCGCCACCACUGGAGCUGCGACAUCCGCUGUCCUGGCAACCACUGGUGCCGCAACCUCCGCAGUACUCGCCACCACCGGCGCCACCACCAAGGCUGUCCUUGCCAGUGUGAGCGACACCCAGUGGUGGGCGGGGACCAUGCAGUUUCUUAGGCCCCUAGGGAGGGGUAUGGCAGGGGACAGCCAGGGGGACACGAGCCAGGAUGAUGUGGAGAGGUCUGGCAUUGAGAGGAGGGUGUGUCCUGCCUUCUAUGAGGCCUGCUACAAGGAACCUGCCAUAAGCAAGGAUGAUCCUAAUUAUGUCAACUACCAGUGGUCAUCUAGUGAGACAUCACACCGGUCACUCAAUGAAGCACUGCUGAGAGCCAUACAGCUGAGAAGACUGACCAAAGAUGACGAGUCCAUGUCUGAACAUGCAACUCAUGUACUACAACAGCUUGCCAUGGAUGCCUUCAAGUCAGACGUGAAUCUUGCAUUGGCUUAUCUUCUUGCCCUUCCCAAUCCUCUUGAUGCAGACCAGUGCUUCGAGAAGAUCCCUCACUCGGCCCUCUCUCUCCAGCUGGCCGCGUACUACUUCGCCCUACAAGCAACGGUGCGACUCCAGCCCAUCAAAAAGGCCCAGAAGGGUCCCCCCAUCUACGAGACCGCACCUCCGCAACUCAUUGAGAUGGUUCUCAAGCUUGCCGGUAGCAAGAAGGCCGCUGGGUGGUCUGGGGAUGUCUCUGCUUUUGUAGGAAGGCUCAAACACUACGAUGAGCUUCUUGCUGAUCUCCUGCAGGCGCAGAGCCUUCAAGCUCUUGGAAGAGGAGUGGAUGUUGUACGCUUUACCAAGGACAAUGAAUACAAGCAGGAGACAAUCCUGGGCUUGGCAAUGAGUCUAGAGGAUGAUGUGUAUAAUCUGUCCGUCACCCUGGCCCAGCGCUAUCAUCUAUCGAUGUGGGAGGUCCUUAUGGCUCAUCUAGAGUUUCUCUUCUCGGAGAGUGGUCUCUCAACCGCUGCCAUCGAGGCUCGAAGCCACCAACUUGAUCUCGUCGCCACCCUUCUCGAGAGACCGGACAAUUUCUGCGAGAGGAUGGAGACUUGCAUCUAUCCCACCAUAGAGGGCUCUGAUCAUCAGCGUCUCAUCUACUACUUCACGCUGCUGCACAAGAGCGGGGCAGAGGUCAAAGGUCAGGUCAUAACCCCUGACAUGCAUGUCAAGCUGCUGAAGAAGAUCAAGGCCGCUGCUUCAAGUCUGGAUUACCGAAGACUAAUGGAUGGAGUCUCAGACCCGAUCAAUGUCAUCUCACCCUCACUCAUCUCGUCUAACGUCCAUGUUCUUGCCAAACUAGCUCCAAAAAUACCCACAAAGAAUGGUGGGAAUCUGACUCCAUCUCAAGUGUUCCUAGCGUUCACAGUGAAAAUGUUCUGGGACGGUGAUCAGAAUCACAAGAAAGCCCCGGAAACCACCGCUGAAUGGCAGCAUCGCUAUGAGGCAUGUGGAGAGUUCUUUGGUCGACUAACCAUCUCAGACUUCCUGGAUUUCAUCAAGAGGAUCGUCUUCACUCAGAAGUCACUGGAGAAACUGUCUCUGGAAAGCAGGCAGAACUUGGUUAGUCGUGCCAUCAAGUUUGCCAAACAGCAGGGGUCAGGCAAGCAGAAGUUUGCAGGGGAGAGCAGUGAAAACAUUGUCAAAUCAUGCAUUCAAGGACUACAGCAGUACCAAAAACAUCUACAGACUCUCAACACAGAGGGAGUACUCCAAAUCGAGCAGUUUGAUCAGGACAAUUCAACAAAAUUCUAUGAGCAGUACGACUUGUCAAGAGGUGAGACAGAGGUCAUGAAGACAGUCUUUGCGUCCCUGCUCUGCUGCGGAGUUCCGGUCUCGCUCCUAGACCAGGCCCUGACUGGAUCUACGAUCACUAGAUGGACUGCCCUCUCAGUCACAAGGGACGCUAUAAGAAGGAUAUUAGCAGCCAUCAAGAGUGGAGAUAGCGUAGAAGACAUUGACAUUGAGGGGAGACCCAUGGACUUCUUGAAGAAAAUCACACUGGAGGUCCAGAGACACAAACAAGAAGGAGGUAACAACACAGUAACUGCAAAUCAUGUAUUGGAUGAGUUACGGCCUUUCUGCAGUGACAUGUCGGUGGCAGUAGAACCCAGAGUUGAAAUACUGCAGCUUUUAGAGGAGACUUUCCCUUUGAGUAAGGAUGACACUCAGUUACUCUUGUUCUACAGAACCCAAGCGAUUGUCAGCGGUGCCUGGACGGAUAUCAAGGUAACCGAAGAGGAUGUAGUCUCCGAAGCCAGUCGUCUCAACCUCUUCCAGUCUCUCCUCUCCUGUAGUGCUUCUAUGGACCAGCUGGUGGCUCUCACUAGUCUGCUUAAACAAUGGCCUGUAUUGGAGACUAAUUUUAGUUCACCAUCUGAAGAACCAUGGGUGCAGGUCAUCUCCAAGAUGACAAGUUAUCCAGAGUUCAAAGGUCAAUUGGUCGUUGACCUCAUGAGAGAACAACAAGAGACACAUCCAUUAUCAUCUCGGUGCAUCAGUGCAGUCUACAAGAACCUUGUGGUGACCGGCCACCAUCUAGCCUCUAUCAAGGUAGUACUCAUCACCAAGCAGAGUGAUCUCUACAAAGCUAUCCUUGACUACAUGCAAGUACCAGCACAAUUUUCUGAGGAUUCUUUUGAUGAAGAGCUCCUUCAACUCUUCAUCACCCGAUCCUUCGCUCGCCAAGUCGCCGAAACGCCUUACUAUCCACCGCUGGCCGACUUCCUCCUCACUUCAUGUCAAAGGUCAGAGGUCACAGAAAUUGCCCGGCAACUGAAGGAUGCGGGCCAUGAGCCCGAGGCAGCAUCACUGUUGCUACGGCAACGCACGACUCAUCCAGCACUGGGGACGCUGGAUACUGCUCUAGCAGCUGUCAAGUAUUGGUUUAAGAAAUAAAGUUUUACCCCUUUUCCUUGAAAAGACGUUUAUUUGUGUGUACACGUAUAUGAAUGCAAACAUUCUUACCUUCCUAAAUCAUGAGGAGUAUUGAUAAAUCUUGUUUGAAACUCUUCCCUAGCUGGUAUUUACAAUCACAGAUUUUAUAAUUUAACUUUAUUUGUCAUAAUGGAGAAAUUGAAAAAUCUGUAUUUCAAGAUUUGGUAAAUUUCCUUUGGUAUUUUGUUUUUGUAGAGAGUAAAUUAGAUCAUUAGGCGAGACAAUUGUUAUUUCUUUAUGCAUUCCCUUUAUUUUGAUCUUGCUGAAUAAUAGAUUUGUUCUGAAGGAUCAGCACAAAUCUAAUUAUUUCCUUUCUUUUCAAUCAUUUUUCUUCAUUGUACAUGUUAGGGUAUGUGCAUAGACUUGUAUAGAGGUGUGUACAGGAAAGAGACAUAUAUAAAUAAAAUACAUAUAAAAAGAGAGAUAAUACCAAAAGAAUGUAUGAACCUUGAUUAAAAAAUUCCUUGCUGAGAGCAAUCAAUGUCCUAUAACAGUAUUUUAUCUUAUAUUCAUUUAAAAUGUUAUCAAUGUAUAGAUUGGUUUGUAAGUUGUAACUUAUGCUGUAUGAAGUAUACUGCCAAUGAAGGGAACUUGUUAUCAAAAUAUAGAUUUGUUUGUAAACUGUAACUAAGUUGUAUGAAGUGCACUGAAAAAAGGGAACUUGUUGAAAGCUCUGCACUUAGUGCUUUAUGGAAAUUUCAUUAUGACAUGGACAUACAAUCAAAUUGUAGGGACCUUUUGGAACGUGUGUAUUGUACCACAUAUGUAGAAACUUAAUAGAAGGAACCCCUGCUUUGUUUUCACUUCAUGAUGAGUCAUAACCUGUAUAGAAAGGCCAAAACCAAAGUAGGUUUCCUUACUUUUCUAUUAAGUCUUGACUACAUUGUAGCUGUGUGAUGAUUGAAUAUAACUCCUCAAACUUCACAAGGAGGCCUCCCUUUUGAGUUUUCAAAUCUCUAGUAUUGAUAAUUGCAAGUUUCAUCUGUGACAGAUUCAUAUAUUGCAUGACUUAUUUGCCAAUAUAUGAAUAAGUAAUGGUGAAAUCAUUACUGAACCUACCAUUUACAAUCACAGCUAAGAAAUAAUUCAUGUUAUGAAUCUUAGAGUGAUUAGAAUUUUGAAGUCCGAAAUGAGAACGGUGUUGUUGGAAGGAGAAAAUUCCAGCUGGACAGAUAUCCAUGAGGUAUCUUUUCCUCUCAUAGUUUCGGAGCUAAUUCAUGAAAGCUGUUUGAUUUGAAUUAGUCUGAAAGCAAGUAGAUAUCAAGGAAAAACACAUUUCAACAAUGACAAUCACUAUUUUUUUUAAAUUGUAACAUCUUAAGUUUCAUAGAAGUCAGUAUCAUCAGUAUGAGAGCAGAGAAUCACAGAUCAAUCAUGUUUCUAAAGAUAUUAAAAGAAAGAAUUUAACUUUCUAUAACUGCAAUUGUAAAUGUUUUACAUCUUUAUGUUUGCCCUCCCUUAUCCCCUUCCCCUCCCCUCCCCCUCCCCUUCCCCUUCCCCUCUCCCUCCCCCUCCCCUCCACAUUACUUAUGAUAUAUCGUUGACUUGAACCAUGAAAAACAAAAAAUGAUAUUCAAUCUUUGAAAUACAACCUGUCCAGAUAAAAGGUCAUGUGUAUGUUUGUCACUUAGGAGGUCUGCGUGCACGGUUUAAAUUUUUUGUUUGUUAUCAACCAAAAAUUGUUAACCGAUAGAGUGGUAACCUGAAAAAAUGUGCUGGAUUUGAAUGAGUUAAUAUUGCAUGUUGAAGUGAACAUGAAACCAUCAUAAAUUUAUGCCAAGUAUAAUGUUUAGGAUGACAAUGCAUAGAAUUGGGCCCUCAUUUUGACAAAAUCUACUUUUCAUUUAUGUUAAUUCAUUCUUUUGCCUGUUUUACAAACUAAAGUGCAAUAAAUAGAAACAAGAAUUUCUGACCUAUUUCAAAAUGACAUCGAUGAUUUCCGUUUGUGUUUAUCCAACUUCGGUUGCAAGCUAAGUGGUACCCAGGAUUGAAUUUAUAGAUUAUGAUUAAAGAUUUAUUGCCAAUCCUUGUUCAUGCCACUUCCCCUUCUUUGUACCUUUUAAGUUGUAUUCAGGAAUAGAAAUGUAGAUUAUUAUAAAAAAUGUAUGCCCUCUAAUGCCAUUAAAUAUUCAUGUACGUCUAUUGUA